AUGGUAACCAAAGCCGUGCACAUAGAGUUAGUGGAGGACUUAACCACCGAAUCAUUCAUAGCCGCGUUGAAACGAGUCAUAGCUCGAAGAGGCAAGAUAAAAAAUAUAUAUUCGGACAAUGAAAGAAAUUUCGUGAGCGUGGAUCGCGUGUUACAGCAGAUGUUUCAAGAAACCAAGUUCCAAGAAGCGGUACAACAGUUUGCAGCGAACGAGCGGGUAAACUGGCAUUUCAUCCCGCCUAGAUCUCCACAUUAUGGCGGUAUUUGGGAAGCCGCAGUAAGAGCAAUGAAUUUACACUUCAAACGAACGAUUGGUGAAAGUUGUCUUACUGUCUCAGAGAUGUCGACUAUCUUGACGCAAAUAGAAGCAAUGUUGAACUCGCGGCCUCUGACGCCACUUUCGGAAGAUCCGGAUGACUUGAGAGCUUUAACUUCUGGUCAUUUUUUGAUAGGAGAAAACCUGCAAUCCUAUCUAGAAUUGAGUCUAGAGGAGGUACCAAGAAAUACACUGUCAAGAUGGCAAUACGUCGAACAGCUGAGACAACAUUUAUGGUCCUGGUGGCAGAAGGAAUACUUAUCUAUUUGUCAGCAGCGAAAUAAAUGGAAAACGGAAAGCCACGCUAAAUUUAAGGUUGGACAACUGGUCAUGUUGAAGGAUACCGAAACUCUACCUCUCCAGUGGAUUUUAGCUAGAAUCAAAGAAAUACAUCCCGGUACCGACGGAGUGGUUAUGACGGUUACCUUGCGAACUUCCAAGGGUAUUUAUAAAAGAGCGAUUGUCAACAUCUCUCCAAUAUGUGAAAAUUAA